AUGGUCCCGACCUAUGUCCGCCCGACACCCGUCUUUGCGCGAGGCGAGGGUUGCUAUCUAUUCGACGUCGAGAACCGUCGAUACCUCGACUUCACGGCUGGCAUUGCGGUGAACGCGCUAGGCCACUGCGAUCCACAGAUGAGCCGGAUCAUGUACGAGCAAUCACAAACCCUCGUUCACGCCUCAAACCUGUACUACAACCAAUGGACCGGUGCGUUGAGCCAAUUGCUCGUGGAGAAGACUCGCGAAGCUGGUGGCAUGAAAGAUGUGAGCCGAGUAUUUGUGUGCAAUUCGGGCAGCGAGGCCAACGAGGCUGCGAUCAAGUUCGCACGGAAGUACGGGCGGUCGAUUGAUCCAUCGGGCAAUAAAUACGAGCUGGUCUCCUUUCAAGGCUCCUUCCAUGGCCGAACAAUGGGUUCUCUCUCUGCGACUCCCAACCCAAAAUACCAAAAGCCUUUCAGCCCGAUGCUUCCAGGCUUCCGCUACGCGACGUACAACGACAUUUCUUCUAUCAACGAGCUUGUCACAGAGUCUACAUGUGGUGUCAUUAUUGAGCCCAUUCAGGGCGAGGGCGGCGUCAACGUGGCCACUCCAGAGUUUCUCCUAGCUCUUCGCAAGCGGUGCACAGAGGUUGGUGCGCUUCUCAUCUACGACGAGAUUCAAUGUGGUCUCGGUCGUACUGGGCAGUUCUGGGCUCACGCGUCUCUACCGCGCGAGGCACACCCAGAUGUUCUGACUACCGCCAAAGCGCUGGGCAACGGCUAUCCGAUCGGCGCGACCCUCGUGACUGAGGAGGUCUCCUCGCGCAUCGUCACCGGCGACCACGGGACAACAUUUGGCGGUAACCCGCUCGCCGCACGCCUGGCACACUACAUCGUCGGCCGGCUGGCGGAUUCUGAGCUGCAGUCGUCAGUGCUUGAGAAGGAGGCGCGAUUCCGCAAGCACUUCUCACAACUACAAGAGCGAUUCCCAGAUGUCAUCACGGAAGUGCGCGGUAAGGGUUUGAUUUUGGGCUUGCAGCUAAGCGGCGACCCGACGCCUGUGAUCACAGCUGCGAGAGAGCGCGGAUUACUCAUAAUCACGUGCGGAACCAACACUUUGAGAUUCGUCCCGCCGUUGAUCAUCAGCGAGGCAGAGAUUGAUGAGGGCAUGCGGAUCUUGGGAGAGGCGAUGCAGGUGGUGUUCAAGGAGAAGCCAGGGCAAAUCGAGGGCACGGACGGACAGCAAGAGAUGCGGUGA